UGUGCAUCCGACCAGAGAGGCUGUUUAGCUCUCUGGAUGUGUCUCCCAGCUGCACAAGACCAAUUUAAACACACUUUCUUUACACGUGCACAGCCUCCUGCCUAGUCCAAUCGCCUUCUGCAGUGCUCCUCCCUCCUACUUUAGGCACGACUGACCUCCUGUAGCUUUUGCAACUGACGGUCUCCAGAUGCCAUGGUGGCUCAAAGACCUUCACAUAGGUAGUUUCCCCUAUCUCUACCGCCUGAGCCAAGAUGGCUGAUGGUUGCUUUCCUCUAGUGACCUGUCCCCCCCCCUCACACACACACACCCCUGCAGAGGCAGUUGCCCUAGCAACGUCAGGACCACACUCCCAUUGGCUGGGUGCUCAACCAAUCUUGUGCCUUCCUGAUUAGGUCACAAAAAAACAGCAUCAAACUUAGAGUGACUGUGCUCUGUUUGAUGUGAAGUGAGAGAGAGUGUUAUUUGAUAUGGGUAGUAGGCAGUCUGCUCAAAAUAUCCAGAGGAGACUCUUGAGUGAUGCCACAAGGUGUUGUGUUACAGUGUAAUGGGCCAUGCUAAGAUAGCGUUCUCGUUCUUGUUUCAUAAACGUUAGAGCUGAAACCUAUUCAGAUUUGUGAGCGUUUUUUCGAGCGACAAGAUCAUUCCGUGACGAUCCAGACGUUUUUAUAACUCACGUACAAUUAGCUAGAAUGCUGUUUUGGCGUCAGAAACACCGCUGUCAAGUAAUCCGAUCUGGAUCAAAGACCAUCAUAAUGUACACAGUCAGCGCAAUGUAGAUAUCCCGGGAUGAGAACGUCUUCAGGACUACCUCAGUCAGACCUAAUGACCUUAACGGUCUGCGGCAAAACUACCCGGCAGGAGAGCGGCAACGAGAUGAAAUUGAAUUAAUUUCGCGGGUGCCCGGCAGACACGCUCUGCAGCUGCGGUGCCGUCAUUCUCGCGUGGCGAUCUCGACCUGCGCGAGUCUGUCUAGCUGCCGUUUUGACGGAUCUGGAUCUGUCAAAACAAACGAAAUGUAACGGAAACUUUUAGAACAACAGAUCCACAGUCCGUCACCAUGACCGUCCCUAAAGACAUUCCUGACAAGUGGUUCCCUAUCGUUCUUCCACUGCAGCGGAAGAAACAGAACCAAGUCGCCGGCGGUUUAAAGAAAAGGAAAGGCAAAGAGGAGGAGAGGAAGGUGCGAGCCAAUGACAGAGAGUAUAAUGAGAAGUUCCAGUAUGCGAGUAACUGCAUCGUGACCUCAAAGUAUAAUAUCGUCACCUUUCUGCCGGUCAAUCUCUUUGAGCAGUUCCAGGAAGUGGCCAACACCUACUUCCUGUUUCUACUCAUACUGCAGUUGAUUCCUCAGAUCUCCUCUCUCUCCUGGUUCACCACCAUAGUGCCUUUAGUGCUGGUGCUCAGCAUCACUGCUGUCAAGGACGCCACUGAUGACUAUUUCCGUCACAAGAGUGACAACCAGGUGAAUAACCGUCAGUCUCAGGUGCUCAUCAAUGGCAUUCUUCAGAAGGAGAAAUGGAUGAAUGUAAGAGUGGGUGACAUCAUCAAACUGGAAAACAACCAGUUUGUGGCAGCUGACCUGCUUCUGCUCUCCAGCAGCGAACCUCACAGCCUGUGCUACAUCGAGACGGCUGAACUAGACGGGGAGACCAACAUGAAGGUUCGCCAGUCUCUUGUGGUCACCGCAGAGCUGGGAGACCCCAGCAAUUUGGCCCGGUUUGACGGAGAGGUGGUGUGUGAGCCUCCCAACAAUAAGCUGGACCGUUUCUGUGGGACCCUCUACUGGAAGGAGAGCAAAUACCCGCUGAGCAACCAGAACAUGCUGCUGCGCGGCUGUGUGCUGCGCAACACCGAGUACUGCUACGGCCUUGUCAUCUUCGCAGGUCCUGAUUCUAAGCUGAUGCAGAACAGUGGGCGCACAAAGUUCAAGAGGACCAGUAUCGACCGCCUUAUGAACACACUAGUGCUCUGGAUCUUUGGCUUCCUGGUGUGUAUGGGGGUGAUUUUGGCCAUUGGGAAUGCCGUGUGGGAGCGGGAGGUGGGCACCCUGUUCCAGAGCUUCCUGCCCUGGGAUCCGCCGGUCAACAACUUCAUGUUUUCGGCCUUCCUGUCCUUCUGGUCUUACGUCAUCAUCCUCAACACCGUGGUGCCCAUCUCCCUCUACGUCAGUGUGGAGGUGAUCCGACUGGGCCACAGCUACUUCAUCAACUGGGACCGCCGCAUGUUCUGUAGCCGUAGCAACACGCCGGCAGAGGCCCGGACCACCACGCUGAACGAGGAGCUGGGACAGGUGGAGUACAUCUUUAGCGACAAGACCGGCACCCUCACCCAGAACAUCAUGACCUUCAACAAGUGCUCCAUCAAUGGCCAUGCUUAUGGUGAUGUGGAUCCUGUUGGACCCCAGGGCAAGAGGCCACAGCCCCUGGACUUCUCCGUGGGGAACCCGCUGGCUGACGGGGGUCUGUGUUUUUACGACGCGUCCCUGCUGGAGGCGGUGAGGACGGGCGAUCCGGCCGCUCAAGAGUUCUUCAGGCUGCUCUCGCUCUGCCACACCGCCAUGAGCGAGGAGAAGAGAGAGGGGGCGUUGCUGUAUAAGGCCCAGUCUCCAGAUGAGGGCGCUCUGGUGACAGCAGCCCGGAACUUCGGCUUCGUGUUCCGCUCCCGCACGCCGGGCACCAUCACCGUGCACGAGCUGGGCCGCCCCGUCACCUACACGCUCCUCGCCAUCCUGGACUUCAACAACAUCCGCAAGAGGAUGUCUGUUAUAGUGAGAAACCCAGAGGGUCGUAUCCGUUUGUACUGUAAAGGAGCGGACACCGUGCUAUUUGAGAGACUUCACCCCUGCAACCACGAGCUCAUGAACAUCACCUCCGACCACCUCAAUGAGUAUGCAGCUGAUGGGCUGCGCACGCUGGCUCUGGCCUACCGGGACCUGUCUGAGGAGGAGUGGGAGGAGUGGUCAGAGCAUUACCGUGGCGCAGGAAAAGCAGCAGACUGCAGAGAGGACCGAUUAGCUGCCACCUACGAAGAGAUUGAACAGGAUAUGAUGUUACUAGGAGCCACAGCCAUAGAGGACAAGCUUCAGGAAGGUGUGCCUGAGACCAUUGCCAUCCUCUCUCUGGCCAACAUUAAGAUCUGGGUGCUCACUGGAGACAAGCAGGAGACUGCAGUCAACAUUGGUUACUCGUGUAAGAUGCUGACUGAUGACAUGACUGAGAUCUUCAUCAUUAACGGACACACGGUGCAGAGUGUCAGAGAGGAACUCAGACGAGCGAGGGACAGAAUGGUGGCCCACUCCGGAGAUGGGGGGAAAGGAGACGAGGCCCAAGGGUGGGCGAGGCCCCAGACCUGUUCUCCUGGCAACGGCGUCGGGGAGGGUGACCCAGCGGGCUGGCCCCACCCCCAGGAGAAGGAGGAGAAGGAGAAGGAGAAGGAGAAGGAGAAGGAGAAGGAGAAGCAGCAGCAAGGCGGCCCGGCCCCCUCUCUGCUGGAGACCAUCUCCGGGGAGUUCGCCCUGGUCAUCAGCGGACACAGCCUGGCCCAUGCUCUGGAGGGCGACAUGGAACAGGAAUUCUUGGAGACGGCGUGCGCGUGCCGGGCGGUCAUCUGUUGCCGGGUGACGCCGCUGCAGAAGGCAAUGGUGGUGGAGGUCAUCAAGCGACACAAGAAGGCCGUCACGCUGGCCAUCGGGGACGGUGCCAACGACGUCAGCAUGAUCAAGACGGCUCACAUUGGCGUGGGCAUCAGCGGGCAGGAGGGCAUCCAGGCGGUGUUGUCGUCGGACUACUCCUUCUCCCAGUUCCGCUUCCUGCAGCGCCUCCUGCUGGUCCACGGCCGCUGGUCCUACCUGCGCAUGUGCCGCUUCCUCUGCUACUUCUUCUACAAGAACUUCGCCUUCACCAUGGUGCACUUCUGGUUCGGGUUCUUCUGCGGCUUCUCCGCACAGACGGUGUACGAUCAGUACUUCAUCACGCUCUAUAAUAUCGUGUACACCUCGCUGCCUGUGCUGGCUAUGGGCAUAUUCGAUCAGGAUGUCCCCGAGCAGCGGAGCCUGGAGUAUCCCAAGCUGUAUGAGCCAGGCCAGCUGAACCUGCUCUUCAACAAGCGCGAGUUCUUCAUCUGCAUCGCGCAGGGCAUCUACACCAGCGUGGUGCUCUUCUUCGUGCCCUACGGCGUCCUCGCCCACGCCUCCCAGAGCACCGGCGAGCCCCUCGCCGACUACCAGACCUUCGCCGUCACCACCGCCACCGCCCUCGUCAUCGUCGUCAGUGUGCAGAUUGCGCUGGACACGGGCUACUGGACGGCCAUCAACCACUUCUUCGUGUGGGGCUCCCUGGGCCUGUACUUCACCAUCCUCUUCAUCAUGCACAGCAGCCUGCUCUUCAGCAUCUUCCCCAAGCAGUUCCACUUCCUAGGGAGUGCUCAGAACACAUUAGAGCAGCCGGUGGUGUGGUUGACGAUCGCCCUGGCGACUGUGAUCUGCAUCGCUCCCGUUCUUGCCUUCCGCUUUCUCAAGCUGGACCUCAAACCCCAGCUCGCUGACACGGUACGCUACACCCAGCUGGUCAGUCAGAAGAAGCGCAAGCCCGGCGGGCGCGACGGGCGCGGCAUGGGCGUGUCGGGAGUCGGCCUGGGCGUGGGGGCGCUGGGCCGACUGGGCCGCAGCGGCUCGCGGCGCUCGGGCUACGCGUUCGCCCACCAGGAGGGCUUCGGCGAGCUCAUCACGUCGGGCAAGAACAUGCGGCUGAGCUCCCUGGCCCUGGCCAACUUCGCCUCGCGCCACAGCUCUAGCUGGAUCGACACGCUGCGCAAGAAGAAGCAUGCUAACUCUGCUAACGGCGCCGUCGGUGCCAACGGCCAGACGGGCGCGCCUCACACCCCUCCAGGUCCGGCCUCGGCCCCGCCCCUCUCCAACUCCUCCUCCCUCAGCGGCCCGCAGGACACUCCCCCCGAGGAGGCGGGGCUUUCAAGCUUUCGAGAGGAGGGGGUCGCCAGAGACGGGGUUCAAAGCAGCGGCGGCGGCGCAAUGAGCCAUGGCAACAGAUGUGCUCGGGCGACGAGUCCGGACGGGGAGACAGGAGGGUGCAGCUUCGGAGCGGUGCAGGAGGCGCUGUUCGGCUGGAGGGGAGUGGGAGCGCGUGUGAGUGGAGCCAGCAGCCCAGGCCCGCCCCCCAUCAUGGAGGAAAGUAGCCCUGCUGAGUGACCAGCUGAUCGACAGGCUGGAAAGCCAAUGGGAAACUCAGAAGGAAGAGUCCUUUGGAGUGCCACUCCCCAUGCUGACUUGGGAUUGGUUCCCUACUCAUUGAAAGGAGGAAGCCGAGAUGCAGAGUUAGCCAUAUGGAGUGGAAGAGUGGUGUGUGUGUGCAGACACACACACACACACACACACACACACUCACACUCACACACACACACACGCACACACACACUUUGGUUAUCCAUUCUGGGUCCUUGGAGUAUAGUACACACUAACAAACAUGACGCCUUUGUGCUUUGCAUUGAAGCAAACAAGAACAUGAAGUUAACUGUUUUUGCUACUGGACAUUGCCAUCUCUUGCUGCACACACAAACUGUACGCUGUCGAAACAGUGACCUGAAUUGCUGUGUAUUCAAACAUAUCUAAGGUUCACCGGGUUCCUGGGUUGUCCUGGUGACAUCCCUACAGAGAAGGUACCAUGAACACGCUCUUGCCCCCCAAAAACAUCAGAUUAGUGUCUUGAUCUGUGCUCAUGUGUGGCUCAGCAACUCAGAACUCCCCUAGAGUAGAAUAGACAGGGGAAGUUACGAAAAAGGAGGUUUUUCCUCUUAGUUGAACUGGUGGCUGUUGCAAAGGCGAAAGAGAAGGUACCAUGUACACACUCACGCCUGACUGGUUCAGCCUGCAACACAGUCGCUUCUGUCAUCGUAGUGUGCUGCCUGGGGUUUGACUGAAGGCUGCUAUUGACUCCCACACUGAUGCAUCUGUAUGCAUCCUCAGCCUCAUGGCACUCCAGUUGGGACUGUGCUUCCAAAAGAACAUCCGUUGGAAGCAAAAACCUAAAAAUGCGAUCACUCUGUGGACCAUUUUCUGUGAAAUUUGUCUGCUCGUGGCCAUCAUCUCUAUGGCCUCUCUAUAGCCUCGUUACCAUAGUUUCCACAGCGAUGAACCUAUGUGGUAAGACCCUUGUUUUGAACAGUUUUCAAAGGGAUUUCAGAGACCCCUUGAGUGACAGCUUGUUCUGCAGCAGAAGCCUUUCACUCCCUGGGUAACAGAGCGCACGGUUACCAUAGCUACCCAUUCUUGCACACACAUUAUAGCUUUACAUUUUAAAGUAUUUUUCAGAUGUCAAAUUCAGCCUUUUCACUAUACUAAGAUGCCAUUUAGAUUGCUGUGUGUCUUUCAGAAGUACAGAUAAUAACAAUAAUAAUCUCCAGUGAUCUGUAAAUCCUUUUGGCACUGAAAAGUUGUCUUAAUUAUUCUAAUGUAGAAAUGCACACAACAGUAUUUUAAUGCUAAAUUUAAUAUAUGAUAAAUGUAAUAAAAUGUGGAGCUAUAACUGUAAAUAUGAAUGGGUAGUUAAGGUAGUUGGAUAUUGAUUACCUUCUGGGUAUUCAUGUCUUUGUCAACCGUGUUUAUUAUAAAAUUCCAUCUUCCACAUACUUAAGUGUGUGCAUGCAGUACUCUGCCUAUAGGAGCGUGAUCUGCCACUCAAGAAGAAGGACAGCUGAAUCAGCCAAACCCUGGCGACUCACCAUCAUCAAAACUGGAAAAUAAAGGAUGUAAAGACUGUACUGUGUGUGUGUGUGUGCGUGCGUGCGUGCGUGCGUGCGUGCGUGCUUGCGUGCGUGCGUGUGUGUGUCUUUAUAGUUCUUAAUGAGAACGUGGUAAGGACCCGGCCAGGCAAAAUGGGAUUAAAAACUCCAUCCUCUGCCUGUUGCUUAGCGAUGCGCCACAUUGGCGCCGGUUCCUCUUCGCACUGACUGGCCGCCACGCCCCGGAGCCCCCGCCGGCUUUGGAGAACAUCCCUGUGCGUUCUCUACCGGCCCUCACCCUCCGGCGCUCACAUUCACCUUCACUCGACUCUGCAAAGGACUGUUGAGACCGAGUCUGUUUCAGCUGAGGGUCUGUCAACAUGCUGGUCUGCUGGUCAUUUCAUGUGCAAGUAUGUGACUGACACUGUAAAAAAAAAAAAGCCUACAUCCUUAAUACAUGAUAAGUGCAUUCAGAAGAUGAGGUAUAAAAAGCGAUGCGACCAGAAUAUAAAUCUUUUACGGCUCUUUCCAGCAAUAUCAGUAUGGUGUGAAUGUUUAGGAGCACCCUGCCGAGAAGUGUGCAGAUUUGUAGUUAUGUAUGAUUAGUUAAGUGGUUAAAUGAUUUUAGGUGUCCAGACAUCAUUUUUUGCAAGUGCUAUAAUUCAUAAUAAAUGCCUUAUAAUGCAGUGGGAAUACACUUAUUAUGCAUUAGAGUUGUAGGCUUAAUGUGUAUGUGUUGAGUUUGUAUGGACUCUAGCACUAUGGUAAUGUAAAGGGGAAGGAGAAUAUAUUGGAUUUUUGAUGAGAGUACUAGUAUGCUGUGAUAAAGUUAUUUUUUUUGUAUAAAUUUCUUUGGAGAUGCUUGCUUAUGCACCAACUAUUACCAUGACCGAGUUCCAUUUAAUCACCCUGAAGCAAUGUGUGCCACAGUGGCCUAAACUGAAGAAUGAUUGGCCAGUGGCCUAAAUGAUGUUUGUAUGAAAGAUGACACCCCUCAUUAUUAGCCUCCUAUAGGAAUGUACCAACCAAAGUUGAACAUGAAAAAGGCCUACAGUAGUGUGAUGUUACAAGAGCCUACACAUUACCACUGCCCAGAAGCUAAAUGUGGCAUACAUUCAGGUCAGUCUGCCUUUCCAUUUAAGUAAAAAGCUGAUGACACAGAAUGGAAUGAGAGGGAAAAUGUAAAUGUUUUACAUACGUUUAUAACAUUGAUCAUAACAGUGUUAAGGCUGGUAAGGAAGAAGUCAUAAUGAAAGUGUUUCAUGUGUGUAGUUUCUGUCACAUGCUGUUUGGGAGGAGUUCUGAGCGUCUUGUACGUCCAAUCAGUUAAUGUUGGAUUGAGUGUAUGUAGGCACUUGGAAAACAGUCAAUAAACUAUCCAGAUAUUUUCUUGCUCAAGGGAAA